UCUCCUAGCAACGCAGAUGAUAUUCGGGACAGCUCUGUGGCAGAUCUUCAGUUUACUGUCCAUAGCGCCCACUAGCGGCCUGGACCACACAAAAGACCAGCGGCAGACGGACGUGUGGGUCUUUCCCACUGGACUUUCUCCCCAGAACCGGACCAGAAGAAAGCUUGUGGCCCAGACAAGCUUAGCGUUACAGUCCACGAGGUGUACGAGGUUUGUUCAUUCCACCUACAUCCAGACCCUUCCCUGGUAUGGCGUCAGGGGUGUGUGACGGUGACUGUGUGCCCCUAGUUUUCCGGCUCCACGAAGGCACCCCCCAGCUGGUGAGAGAGGUGCUGUUGGAGAGAGGCUGGAAGGAGUACGAUGAGCAGGAGCAGGAGGAGGGAGACUGGAACCUCUACUGGCGCGCCUCAGCCUUCCGCAGCUCAGACUACGAUAACAUACUGCCCUGGCAGAGACUCAACCACCACCCCAAGAUGGUGGGCAUCACCCGCAAAGACUACCUGGCCAGAAACCUGAAGAGGAUGAGAGGGACAUUCGGCUCGGGUCUUUAUGACUUCAGCCCCAAUGCUUUCAUCCUCCCCAAUGAUUACCCUAGGUUUCUAGCGGAGUACACAAAGCUUAGUUUAAAGAACGGAGACAGGUCAGGAUAUUGGAUCUGCAAGCCAGUGGAUCAGUCAAGAGGCAGGGGCAUCUUUGUUUUUAAAGACCUCAAAGAUCUGGUGUACGACUGCUCUGUGAUUGUUCAGAAAUACAUUAGUAAUCCUCUCCUAAUUGCAGGGUACAAAUUUGACCUUAGAAUCUAUGUUUGCGUGAAGAGUUUUCAGCCUCUCACCAUCUAUAUGCAUCAGGAGGGAUUGGUGCGCUUUGAGAAAUACAAUUUGUCAUCUUUGGACAACCUGUAUUCCCACCUGACUAACACAAGCAUCAAUAAGUUUGGCCCCUAUUACACAACCAACAAAGAGAAAGUGGGACAGGGAUGUAAAUGGACAAUGAGUAAAUUCCGCCGCUUUCUUCACAGCCAAGGUGUCAAUGAACUGCUCUUCUGGCAAAAGAUCAACAGCAUUGUCACACUGACGCUGCUCACCAUAGCCCCAUCCAUACCAUCCCGUCCCAACUGUGUAGAGCUGCUGGGCUUCGACAUCCUCAUCGACGCCAGAUACAGGCCAUGGCUACUGGAGGUCAACUACAGCCCUGCUCUCACCCUCGACUGCCAAGCGGACGUGACGGUCAAGAAGGGAAUUCUCCACGAUCUGGUUGACCUGAUGAACUACACAUCCGUGGACAGCCUUAGACAGAGAGCAUAUUUCAAACAGAAGUACAAACGCCCCUGCUAUUUAGGCAGCCAGGCUGCACAGACCCCGAUGCUUCUGCUCCCUGAGUCUAUGUGUAAACACCAGCCAGCAAACCGGACAGGUUACAGCAACCAUUCCCCGUUUGCCCACAGUGCCAGAUACUAUCUCCCAGCAGUUGAGAUGAACCGGAUCCACUCUGGGAGGAACUUCAUAAGUCACACUGGGGGCUCGGCUCUGAGUCCGAUACAGAUCCCGCAUUCAAAGACAGCAGCUGUAGCUAGAAACAGAAAGACACGUCCAGCGCGCUCACACAUGACAGAGGCCAUCCAUUGCUCUGAGGUUACGGACGUGAAGUCAAAGUUUGGUGAGAGAGACAUGCCAACACCUGAUAGCCUUUGCAAGGACUUAAGGGAACCGGCAGUGGCGUGCUGUAAGCUACCUGCCAUUCAUAUUAAAAAGUACAAGACUCACAAACUGCCUUUGGACUGUAAAUGCCAAGACAAUUGCACUCCACCACUGAGUGUGGGUAACUUCAUACUGACAUUCCCUUUCAAUGAAGUUACUCUGAAGGCGUCCCGGGAUAAGCUCAAUGUUAAGACUGCAAUCUACGAGGUUCACAAACUCAUCAAACAGGUAGCAUCGGGAAGGAGCCAUGAAGAGAGCAGAAGGAGGGUGGGAGAUUUGGAUAUAUUUAAAGAGCAAAAUAAGUUUUGUUCUCUGUUGUGGGGACCUACAAACCCACCUCUCCUUAGUGAGUGCUAUUUUUGA